AUUCCCUUCUUGCCUGCAUGGUUUCUUUUGAGUAGUGUGAACUUAUUCUUAUUGAUUCUCCCUUGAAGGAAACCUUUCUUUUCUCCCUGGCUGCUUUUAAAAUUUUCUGUUUAUCUUUGGUUUUGGCAAGUUUGGUGAUAAUAUGUCUUGGUGUUUUUCUUUUUGGAUCAAUCUUAAAUGGGGUUCGAUGAGCAUUUUGGAUAGAUAUCCUUUCGUCUUUCAUGAUGUCAAUGAAGUUUUCUGUCAGGAGAUCUUCAACUAUUUUCUCUGUGUUUUCUGUCCUCCUUCCCUGUUCUGGGACUCCAAUCACACGCAAGUUAUCCUUCUUGAUAGAGUCCCACAUGAUUCUUAGGGUUUCUUCAUUUUUUUUAAUUCUUUUAUCUGAUUUUUUUCGGCUAUGUUGGUGUGAAUUCCCUGGUCCUCCAGAUUUCCCACUCUGCAUUCUAAUUGCUCGAGUCUGCUCCUCUAAUUUCCUAUUGCGUUUGUCUAAUUCUGUAAUUUUAUUGUUCAUCUUUUGGAUUUCUACAUGCUGUCUCUCUAUGGAUUCUUGCAACUUAUUAAUUUUUCCACUAUGUUCUUGAAUAAUCUUUUUGAGUUCUUCAACUGUUUUAUCAGUGUGUUCCUUGGCUUUUUCUGCAGUUUGCCUUAUUUCGUUUCUGAGAUCAUCCCUGAUGUCUUGAAGCAUUCUGUAAAUUAGUUUUUUAUAUUCUGUAUCUGAUAAUUCCAGGAUUGUAUCUUCAUUUGGGAAAGAUUUUGAUUCUUUUGUUUAGGGGUUGUAGAAGCUUUCAUGGUCUGCUUCUUUAUGUGGUUUGAUAUGGACUGCUGUCUCCGAGCCAUCACUGGGAAACUAGUUUUUCCAGAAAAUCUGCUAAAAAAAUUGCAGUCAGAUCCCUGUCAGAACUGCCUUUGGAUUAUAACUGCCGCCUUGUUCCCUGUAAGGAUGAAAGUCUGAGACUUGGAUCAUAUAUGCUUGGCUGUAGCUGGUUCUGUGUUUUUAGUCCAAUUAGGGAUGGAUUUUUGGUCCCUGGGUUUUUUCUGGUUCCUUCUCUCAGACCAGACGAGUGGAUUAGGAAAAGACCAAAAGAAAAAAAAAAGGGAGGGGAACCAAAGCCGCCGCGGAGCCGGAGCCGUUCUCCCUCUGGCUCAGGAAAUUCCAAUGUUAAUGAUGCCGCCUGGGGAGGGUGGGGGUGGGAUCAGAGAGAUAGGAGCGUAGCACCUCGGAAUAUAGCCAGAGUUGCUUGUCUUGCUUGGAAUGACUAUUUUAUCUGAGAUUCCCGAGGGGCAUGUCGCCUAUGUGUGCUGGCUGUGUGGAGAUUGCCACCGGGGAUCUGGUCCACUGAAGCCGCUGUCAGAUCCUCCGCUGCCAGUCCAAUGCCCAGCGUUAAGGUUCCCCUGCUGGGACGCUGCACUCCCGACUCCAAAAUCAGUCACUGCCUCCCGGGGACUUCUCGUCCCUCCAGCCGCGUCGCCGCGUUGCCCCCUUGGACUGGCUGGGCCCCCUCCCGGGGUUAGUUCAGGGGAGUUGAGCAGCUCCCCGUGCUUGUGCCGUGACAGCACCCAGUCAAAUGCCCGGCAGCACAAUUCCCCGGCUGGGACGCUGCUCUCCCAGCUCCAAGACCAGUCACUGCCUCCCAGGGACUUCUCCCACUGGCUGCAUCGCCACGCCGCCUGCGCGGACCGGCUGGGCCCCCUCCCGGGGUGAGUUCGCGGGGGUAGGGCUGUGCCCCUUGUUUGCGCCAUCAGCUCCCCUGGACCCUGACCUAAACCGGCCGCCAAGGUUACCUGACUGGAACGCUGGCUCCUGGCUCCAAAAACAGUUGCUGCUUCCCCAUAUUUGUUCAUUUUUCGUCUCUAAAUCUGUGUUUGUUGUUCAGGGUUCGUAGAUUGUUAUGUAUGUCAUCAGUUCACUUGUUUUUCUGAGUCUUUGUUGCAAGAGGGAUCAGAGGUAGCAUCUACUUAGUCCGCCAUCUUGGCCCUGCCUCCAACAUCCCCAUUUAUUUUUUCUUCUUCUUAGUUUUCUUACUUGCAGUUUCUUAUUCCUUUCUGUUCAGUCCGUCUUAAACCAACUCCAGGAAAACUUUCCCUACUUCUCCACCUUAACAAAGAUUUCUUAACAAUAGAGCCAAGGACCUCCACAUUGCUAAAUCCAAUGGUCAAUUUUCAGCCAUCAUUUUGCUAGAUCUAUCAGCAAUAUUGGAAAUAGCUGAUCACUUUUACUUCCUUGAUAUAUUCACUUGGUUUCUGAUAUCACACAGUUUCUUGGUUUUCCUUCUACUUCAUGUGUCACUCCUCAUUCUCCUUUGUGAGUUCUGCCUUUUUCACUUCACCAUUCAAAGUUAUAGAGUGCACCAGGGCUCAGUCAUUGGUCCUAACUUUUUUCUUCUGUCAGUACAUACUGCUUCAGUAAAUGCAUCCAAUCCUGUAGUCUUAAAAGUUAUUCAAAUGCUGAAUACUCAAAAAUUUAUGCCUGCAUUCCAGACCAUGCUCCCUAACUCCACACUUACAUACAUCUAACCAUGUGUUCAAAUCUUCACUUAGAUAUCCAAGAAUAUUAUGUUUUCUAAUUGAACUACUGGAAGCAGCAGUCAAGAAAUCAAAACACGCAUUGCCCUGGGCAAAUUGCCUGUAAGAGGUCUCUUUAAAGUGUUAAAAAGCAAAGAUGUCACCUUGAGGACUAAGGUGCACCUGACCCAAGCCACGGUGUUUCCAAUCAUCUCAUACACAUGCGAAAGCUGGACAAUGAAUGAGGAAGACUGGAGACGAAUUGAUGCCUUUGAAUUGUGGUAUUGGUGAAGAAUAUUGAAUAUACCAUGGACUGCCAAAAGAAUGAACAAAUCUGUCUUGGAAGAAGUAUAACCAGAAUGCUCCUUAGAAGCAAGGAGGGCAAGAUUACGUCUCACAUACUUUGGACAUGUUAUAAGGAGGAAUCAGUCCCCAGAGAAGGACGUCAUGCUUGGUAAAGUAGAGGGUCAGAAAAAAUGAGGAAGAUCCUCAAAGAGAUGCGUUGACACAGUGGCUGUGACAAUCGGCUCAAGCAUAACAACAACUGUGAGGUUGGUGCAGGACUGAGUAGUGUUCUGUUGUGCAUAGGGUUGCUAUGAGUUGGAACCGACUCAACAGCACCUAAUAACAACAACAAUAACAAUUGAACUACUAAAAAUGACAAAAGUCCCAAUUGUUACUGAUAAUUAGAAGUUGUAGCAGAAAUAAGAUUAAAAGGUCAGGGGCCUCUUUUUUUAUAUACUUUUUAUUGUGCUUUAAGUGAAAGUUUACAAAUCAAGUCAGUCUCUCACGUAAAAACUUAUAUACACCUUACUACAUAUUCCCAAUUACUCUCCCCUCAAUGAGACAACCCACUCCCUCCUUCCACUCUUUCUUUUCACGUCCAUUUUGCCAGCUUCUAACCCCCUCUACCCUCCCAUCUUGCCUCCAGGCAGGAGAUGCCAACAUUGUCUCAAGUGUCCACCUGAUCCGAGAAGCUCACUUCUCAUCAGCAUCCCUCUCCAACCCAUUGUCCAGUCCAGUCCAUGUCUGACGAGUUGGCUUCAGGAAUGGUCCCUGUCCUGGACCAACAGAAGUUUUGGGGCCAUGACCACGAGGGUCCUUCUAGUCUCAGUCAGACUAUUAAGUCUAGUCUUUUUAUGAGCAUUUAGGAUCUGUAUCCCACUGUUCUCCUGCUCCCUCAGGGGUUCUCUGUUGUGCUCCCUGUCAGGGCAGUCAUCGGUUGUAGCCAGGCACCAUCUAGUUCUUCUGGUCUCAGGAUGAUAUAGUCUCUGGUUCAAGUGGCCCUUUCUGUCUCUUGGGCUCGUAAUUGCCUUGUGUCCUUGGUGUUCUUCAUUCUCCUUUGAUCCAGGUGGGUUGAGACUCAUUGAUGCAUCUUAGAUGGCCACUUGCUAGUGUUUCAGACCCCAGAUGCCACUCUUCAAAGCGGGAUCCAGGAUGUUUUCUUAAUAGAUUUUAUUAUGCCAAUUGACUUAGAUGUCCCCUGAAAUCAUGGACCCCAAAACCCUGCCCCUGCUUCCCUGACCUUCGAAGGUCAGGGGCCUCUUUUAACCUUCUGAUGACAUAUCCUGCCUAAGAACUUGGAAUACAGACAAGGGCAAGUCAAGGGUCAGUACUGGAGAAGCAUCAACGAUAUGUCACAUUUAAUCCAGGGCAUAAAAGAGAGUUAAAAGAACAUCUAAAGAACAAUAUCAAAGCUAAAAAAAUGGGAAUCCUAGUGAAAAUCACCAAGAGCUCAGUAAAGAGGUGCUAAAACAAUUAUGAACGAGACACAAGAAAAAUAAACUGGCAACAGCAAAUCCGGGAAGGACAAGACUCUAGGAGAAAAUGUAAGUCAAUUUGAGAGCCUCAGGGAGAAAAUCUUGAUAGCUUGCGAAUGCUUUUAAGGUACCACCUUUUCCUUUCUAUUUCUGUUGCGGAACCACUCAUGGGUAACAAUUGCCGUCAGAUAACUUCUUGUGCUUUAUAAAGAAAUUAUUCCAAAGGGGAGGAGAAAAAAAAAAAAGAAGAAAGAUAAAAGUAUAUGCCUGUCUUACAUGAAAGUAUGGGUUAAACUUCAUAUUUAACUAAGAAAUGCCAUUUUGGGGUCAUUUAAAUGAGAGAAUGAACUCAAUUUUAUUGAACAGACACUUCAGAAGAUAUUUUACAAACAUUAGCUAGUAAUUCUUACAACGUUAUGAUAUAAUUACUAACCCUGUCUUAAAAACAAAAACAAUCGAUGUCAAGUCUGUUCCGGCCCCACGUGUGUCAGAGUAGAACUGUGCUCCAUAAAGCUUUCAAUGUCUGCGACGUUUCAGAAGUAGAUCCCAAGGACUUUCUUCUGAGCUCUUCUGAGUGGACUCAGACCACCGGUCUUUCAGCUAAACACUUAAUCAUUUGCUCUACCUAGGCAGUUUAACUUCAUCUGACUUGUAAGUAAAAUGAGGUCAUUUGAGGUUAACCGGAUUUCCAAGUCUUUUGGAUAGUGUUUGGACUCUUUCCACAAUGCUAUUUUGAUCCUUUACAUGAUUGUGAAAUAACAGAAAUGCAGGGAUGACCCUGGGCCACAUUAUAAAAAUUGUCUUUGUUUCUUCCUCUAUCAUCUGGAAAAUUUUCUUCACAUUAAGCUCUUCCUUGAUUCUCAUCUUUGUAGGCAACCCAUCCUCACUUAGUUCCUUUUGCCAAAGGGAAAAAAAAAUUAAUAAUUUUAUUCCCACCAAAGUAAAUAUGUUACUUAUAUUUGGAAAAGAAGUGUGAUUGUUAGGAUAGCAAUCAAUUCAAAAGAAUAAACAGUGAAUGAUAAAAUUUGAGAUGAUAUGGGACACAGAUCGAUAGAAAACUUUAAGACUCAAGUCACACAAAGGGGUUGGCUGAGUAUUUCCUCUGUCUGGUAUGAGUCAGAAUCCACUCAAUGGCAAUGGAUUAUGGUAUGAGAAUAGCUUCCUUGAAGAAUAAAUACUGGUUCUUCACAGUAACUUUUCCCAUAUUAUGUACUCAGAUAUUAAUCAUGUUUUUAAGAAAAAGGACUGUUUGAUCAAAUAGGCUGAAGAUCAAAGAAGAACUGACAACUUUGAAUUACGGUGUUGGUAAGGAAUAUUGAAUAUACCAUGGACUGCCAAAAGAAUGAAAAAAUCUGUCUUAGAAGAAGUACAGCGAGAAUGCUCUUUAUAGCCAAGGAUAGUGAGACAUUGUCUUACAUACUUUGGACGUGUUAUCAGGAGGGACCAAUCCCUGAGGAAGGACUUCAUGCUUGGUAAAGUAGAGUGUCAACAAAAAGGAGGAAGACCUUCAAUGAGAUGGACGGACACAGUGGCUACAACAAUGGGCUCAAGCAUAGCGACGAUUGUGAUAAUGGUGCAGGACCAGGCAGUGUUUCACUUUGUUGCAUAGCGUCACUAUGAGGGAAUCGACUUGACGGCACCUAACAACAACAACUUGUGUAUUUACUUUUUUUUUUCUUAACAUAUGUCUAUUCUUCCAUGUUCUACAUACUGUACCGCUGCUGCUGUUGUUAGUUGUUGUCAGAUCGGUUUCAACUCAUGUUGACCCUGUAUGUGCACAGUAGAACUGUUCCAUAGGGUUUUCAAGGCUGUGACUUUUCGGAAGCAGAUCACCAGGUCUGUCUUGUGAGGAGCCUCUUGGACAGGUUCAAAUGGUCAACCUUUCUGCUAGUUGUGUAUCACUUAGCCAUUUGCACCUCCCAGAGAUUCAUGUACUAUACAAAUCAGAAGUACAGAAAGGUCAAAGUUUUCUUACUGGUUAUAUUCUAGUUAGGUGCAGAUAAAUAAUAAGCAAAUGAAAGCUAAAUGAAAGAUAUAAUCAGAUAAUGACAAAUGUGAUAAAGGAAAUAAAAGAAGGUUUUUUUUUUUUAGUGUCAUGGGGCUUGAAAACAAAUAAAGAAGACUGAAGAAGAAUUGAUGCCUUUAAAUUAUGGUGUUGGUGAAGAACAUUAAAUACAUCGUGGGCUUCCAGAAGAACAAACACAUCUGUCUUGGAAGAAGUACAGGCAGAAUGCUCCUUAGAAGUGAGGAUGGUGAGACUUUGUCCUAUGUACUUAGUACGUGUUAUCAGGAGGGACCCGUCCGUGGAGAAGAACAUCAUACUUGGAAAAGCAGAGGGUCAGCAAAAAAGAGAAAGACCUUUAAGGAGUUGAACUGACACAGUGGCUGCAAGAGUAGGCACAAAUAAAGAAACUAUUUUGAGAAUGAUCCAGGACCGGGCAGUGUUUCGUUCUGUUGUAUAUAGGCUCACUAUGAGUUGGAACUGGAUCAACAGCACCUAACAACAACAGUGUGAUAGAGAGGGAUUGGAUGCAUAUGUGAAUAGUCAUUAAUAUAACAGCUGAGUUAGAAUUUUCAAGAAUUUACUAUAUAGAAACUCAUAUUACUCUCUCCCCAUUCUUCCCCACCAAGAGAAGUUGAUUCUAACCCAUAUCUAAACGGCUCUGGUGACCAUGGGGUAACUUCAGACCCCAUGUCUGAUGGGGUAAUAUCAGACAAUUUGUAAAAAAUGAUUCUACAGCAAAAAUAAGUCUAUGGAUAAUCUUUGAGGAUUAGAUUCUGAAAAUUGAAAUAAUCAUCCUAACUCUGAUAACCUUAUAAGGUGUUGAAGAUAAAAAAGUUAAUGUAAAUGAAAUCACUUUAUAAGAUGGAGAAGGAAUGAAAAUUGUAACCUAUUAUUCCAAAAAUAGAAAAACAAUAUUAAUUGAAAAUGCCAUUUAUUAAUAAAUUAGAAAAAAUUAAAUAUAUUUUUAUGCCCGGGUACAAAUUUUCUGACCCUGAUGGUGGCCCUCCAGGAACAGAUAUUACUUCUGUGUGGGAGGUCGAAUCCAGAGAUGGGAUUUGACUCAGGUUCCUUCCUGUUGCUAUAUUCUAACUAUUUAAAAUUGUGGCCAUUCUGUAAUUGAGAUACACAUCACAGUGCAUGAACAAAUGACUGAAUUGUUAACAUUGUGGUCUAGGUUUCUGCAUGUUGGCCUGGUCUUAGUGACAUUCUGCUUCUGAGAACACCCUAUUAUUAAGGUGGGUGAAUGGGAAUUCACUGGGGUGGGGAUUAGCCUCUGUCAGUGGAGAUCUAGCCUCGAGGGCUACAACUGAAUGGUAUAAAUCUGUGCCUUGUCACAGCUGUUCAAACAUGCCCUCUGCCCUCUUAUAUCCCAAAGGAGAGCAUUGGAUCCAUGAUGUAUCUUCUGAGAAACUGAACAAAAACAGUUUCUACUUUGAUCUUAACAUACAAUCCGCUGAGAUUCAAAAGAGACCUGAAUGAUUCAGUAAAUUCUCUGCUUGGCUCCCUCGUCAGCAAUCCUUUUUAAUUGGAAAGAAUAUAAAUAAAUCCCUUGGUAAAACAGAAUGUACACUUCUUCAUUAGAUUCAUAGAUACCUACAACUUCUGCUUUAAAUCUCUCUUCAAAAGCAAUAAAAAUCGUAGUUCGACAAAUUUGACCAGUAUUUAAUGAUUGGAUGGCUUUUCUCCAUUUAUAUCCUGGACAGCUUACUUCCACAGUAAGAAAAACUAAGCUGGAAUCAUUUCACCUGGUUCUUGGACUCUCUGGAGAAGUUGCUUUAUGCGAACGAAUCUUGGGUGAGAUAAGAUCUUGGAUUAGACUUGAAAUGAUUAGAGUCUUUAUUUCUACAACUUUCCACUUUUGACCAACUCUAAAAACUAAGCUCUAAGUGUUAACUUUAUUAAUGUAUUCUUUUUCCUAAAAUUAGUGAUGUUUAGAGGGUAAUGCUUAAAUUUUAGAUUGACAGUUUUAAUUUAGGAAUGAGCUGAAUUUUUGUAUUUCUUUAUAGGUAAAACAAAACAACUACAAAAUUUUCUUAUAAGCAGGUUUACCUCUAGGAAUGACGGUGGUGGUGGUGACAGUGGUGAUGGCAAUGACAAAGAUAGCAGUGGUGGCAGUAGUAAUGAUUGUGGUGGUGGCAGUGUUGGUGAUGAUACUGGUGUUGGUGGUAAUGGCAGUAGUAGUUGCAGUGUUGGCGACGACAGUGGUGACCACAGUGAUGAAGGUGGUGGUAGUGGUGGGGACUGCCUUGGUAAUGCUGGUGGUUUGGUGACGGUGAGGAUAGAGGUAAUUUAGGAGCAUUCUGUGGAAACACUGAGAAAUUAUUGUAGAUUCCAAUACCAAAAAUUAAAACAUUAUUGCCACUUCCGUUCUACAAAAUUCUGCUGGAGUUAGUUACAAACCCACAAAUUUGCCAUUAAUUUUUAUGAAAACAAAGCAAAACAUGGGGUAAUAUAUGCACUAAAGAGGUUACUUUAAAGUACUUUAACGGUAAGAGAAAAACCUAGCUUGAUACUCAGGAAGCUUCAGAGCUACAAGUCCACUGACUAUAUAAAACUGACAGUCCAAGUGCAAUCACUAGAGCCAUCUAGGUACUUAGAUUUCGAUGGAGGUAUUAUAUAUAGCCCAGGUGAAUUCAGAAAGAAAUAUCAGCUCCAGAGUCCAGCUUCCUGGAUUCAAAAGCAGGCUAUAUUAUGCAGUAACUCUGUGGACUCAAGGAAGUGAACAAGUCACUAUGCUUAAUAAAUGUUAUUGUUAUUACAGUUAUUAUUUUGAGAUGAGUACAUCGAUUAUUGACAAAUCUACUUAGAGAAAGAAUAAUUGUCCUUUAUGAAAGGAGUUUAAAUGUUUACUUACUAAAAAUUCUUCUGAAUUAUAUUCUGAUAUAGAAUGCAUGCUUCUAUAAUAAUAAAAAUAAUACAAAUGAAAAGGAAUUGAUAUAAACAAGAAAGACAAAACUGAUAGAAACAUAAAAGCUGUCUAAUACCUUAUUGUCAGGCAUGACCAUUUUGUAAGGAGAAUUUACCAAUAUCUUUUUUUUUUAUCCAAGUGGAUCCCUGGUGGCACAGUGGAUAAGAGCAACAGCUGCUAAUCAAAAGGCUAGCAGUUCAAAUCCAUCAGCCGCCCCUUGGAAAACGUUUGGAGUAGUUCUACUCUGUCCUGCAGUGUUCUGAGUUGGAAUCAACUUGACGGCAAUGGGUUUGGUUUGGUUAUCCAAGUGUAAAAUGUUCCUAUCCUGUGAUUUUACAAUUCUAUUGCAGAAACUCACUUUACAGAAAUACUUAAAUCUAUUGCUAUAUAUCUUUACCUGUAUCUAUAUUGUUAUAACCUGGCCCAGUUGCUGUCUAGUUGAUUCUGACUAACAGUGACCCUAAAGGACGUGGUAGAACUGCCUCACAGGGUUUCCAAGGAGCAUCUGGUGGAUUCCAACUUACCAUCUUAGCUCUUAACCACUGUGCCAAAACUCAUAGCAACCCUGUAAAACAGAGUAGAGCUGCCCCUAUAGAGUUUCCAAGGAGCACCUGGAAACUGUUCAGCAGCUGCAGGUCUGAACCACUAUGCAACCAGGGUUUCCCUGAUAUAGUCAUAGAUAUAUCAAUACAAGACAUUCACUGUAGCAUUGUAGCAGCAGAAAAUUGGGAAUAUUAUAAAUCUCCUUAUACUGACCUGGAAUGUUGUCAAUGAUAAAUCAUUGAUUAAAAUUCAAUGUACAGUGCAUUUGCAUACAUGAUGCCAGCAAUGUUUAUAUAAAUUUAUAUUAUUAAAAUGCAUUUAUAAAUAUGCAAAUUCAAUAUUUCUAAAUAAAAAUGCAAAUCUGGAAGGAUAAAUGACUUUUAGCUAAUUACACAGCUAAAAAGCGUUCCAGAAGUCGAAAUUAGAACCUGAUGUACAUAACUCUAAGACCUUAGCUUUCUGUUCUGCCCUGAACCAUGUCUCUUAUCCCUCCUUCUGGGUCUUUGCACAUGCUGUCCCCCUGCUGGGAAUAGCCUUUGUCUAGCUUUAAAACUUCAAUAAUUUACUUUUCUUUCAUUUCUUCAGUUAUCACUUAUUUCUUUGUCAUUAUUUUAAAUUUACUAGGUCUGCCCUUAUUUAAGGAAACAAGCCACAUCUGAUGCUUUUUAUUGUUCAAAUUUGCAGCAUCCUCUGAGUUUUUAAAAUACUUGUUGUCUGCUUAAAUAAUUAGGGAAUAAGAGGGAAGUGGACUGACAAAGAAAAAGAAAAAUGUUAACUAAGAUUGUCCCUUUCUUCAUUUGAGCGGUCUUUCGAAAAUGUUCUUCAGUGAACCAUUGUGGAAAGAGAAAAGAAAUAUCACAAAAGUAGCUGAGGGUUGUGAUUCAGAGCUGAAUUGGAAAUUUGGGGUAUGGUUUGAUCCUUGAUUAUGGCUGAAGCAAGUCUAGAAAUACAAAUGUUUACCGACUAAAGCUGAUAGCUGUCAUCAUUGAGUCUGACUGACAGAGAAAUAAUAGCCAGUCCCUGAUAUCAAAUCCACUCUCAAGCCUGGAGAAAGGGCUAAUACUAGUAUUCUCUAUUCAGUUCAGAGUUCACUGCCGUUUCCUUUUGUUCUAUAAAAUAUCAUUAAUUGUAUUGGUGCCCACUUCAUCUUUAGUAAUCUAUUAAGAACCUUGAGAAAUGUGAAGUCCCAGGUGAUACAGUUUAUGGCCUCGGCUGCAAACCAAAAGGUUAGAGGUUUGAAUCCACCCAGAGAUACCUCGAAAGAAAGGCCUGGCAAUCUAUUUCUGAAAAAUCAGCCAUAGAAAACCCUAUUGCUCACAGUUCUACUCUGACAUUCAUGGGGUCACCAUGAGUCAGAAUCUACUCCAUGGCAUCUGGUCUAGACUUUGGUUGGCAAGUAACUGUCACUAUGUUGAGAGCAUUAUGAAUUUCCCCUGAGAUUCAUUCUGUCAGAGAUAUGUGAGAAAUAAAGCUGUCCAGCUUCCACUAGAAUCCACAGGUAUCUUUUAAAAAUGUAAGCCUGAUUUAUAAUUCAGGCUAUUUACAAUUAAGAAAUUAUAAUACUCUUUUGUUUUAUACUCUCCCUUGGUUUCCCAUUGCCCUCAGAAAUUCCUUGCCUUGUCCUAAAAUUCUCUGGUUUACCUGGUUACUGCCUCUACCUCUCCAAACACACAUUGAGCCAAAUGAAUGACGCCAAAUAGUCACUAACUAUAAACACUAUGUUGCUUUUUUAGAUUUUCCGACUCUCAGCCAGCGCUCAUAUCAGUACCUGGUAAAUGCGAAACCAAAACAAUGUGACUGAAUUCAUUCUUUUGGGUCUUACGAAAAACCCAGAGCUGAGGAAAAUAUUUUCUGCUGUGUUUCUAAUCAUGUAUGUUGUCACCAUGUUGGGAAACCUACUCAUUGUGGUAACUAUGACUGCAAGUCAGAGUCUGAGGUCACCUAUGUAUUUUUUCCUUACUUCCUUGUCCCUCAUGGAUGCCAUCUUUUCUUCUGUCGUCGCCCCCAAGAUGAUUGUGGAUUCCCUCUCUGAGAGCACUACCAUCUCCCUCAAAGGCUGUAUGACCCAGCUCUUUGCAGAACAUUUCUUUGGUGGAGUGUCAAUCAUCCUUCUCAUUGUGAUGGCCUAUGACCACUAUGUGGCCAUCUGUAAGCCCCUGCACUACAGGACCAUCAUGAGUUCUCGGAUGUGCUGCCUGCUGCUGGGAGGGGACUGGGUGGGAGGAUUUUUGCAUGCAAUGAUACAGCUUCUCUUCAUGUACCAAAAACCUUUCUGUGGUCCCAAUGUCAUUGAUCACUUUAUGUGUGACUUGUUUCAGUUGCUGACACUGGCCUGCAUGGACACCUGCGUCCUGGGCCUCUUGGUCAUCCUCAAUAGUGGGGUGAUGUGCGUGACCAUCUUUCUUAUCCUCAUUGUCUCCUACAUGAUCAUCCUCUGCUCUUUGAAGUCUUAUAGCUCUGAAGGAUGGCGCAAAGCCCUGUCUACCUGUGGCUCCCACCUCACAGUGAUUGUCUUGUUCUUUGUGCCAUUUGUUUUCUUGUACGUAACACCUGUGGCCACUUAUCCCAUAGACAAGGCAAUGGCUAUGUCGGAGUCUAUCAUCACACCCAUGUUAAAUUCCUUGAUCUACAUCCUGAGAAGCACAGAGGUGAAAAAUACCAUGAAGAAACUUUGGAUGCAAUGAGAGACUUUAGAUGGCAAGUAACUGUCAUCAUGCUGAAAACAUUAUGAGUUUCUCCUAAAGAGAAGUCAUUCUUUCCAAGAUGUGUGAGAAAUAAAACAGCCCAAGUUCCAGAAGAAUCCAGAGGGAUCUUUUAGAAAUACAAGUCUGAUUUAUUGUUUAGGAUAUUUACAACAUAGAAAUUAUGAUACUGAUUUUCAAGGUUUCUUUUCUUCCUCCUAAUCUCAUCCUUGUGGUGGUUACCCUUUCCCCUUUAGCCUUCCCCAGGUCAGUCCUUUUACCUCACUACUGGAACUCCAUUAUCAGAUCUAAGAGCUAUAAUUCAUUUUGUAGUUUUUCCUGUUUACAGGUAAAGUUUAACUAUACAAACUUUUGUCCAUAAAAUGUACCUUUCACAUGUGUGCACACAAGUUAUUUCUCAAAUUCGAGUACUGUGUAAGCCCUUCCUAAGGAGAAAUCAGUUCUUUUGAAUUUCGGCAAUGAUACGAAUCAUGAUUUCACAUUUCUAAUGUAACGAGGUGUUAAGAUUGAAAUUUUGGCUACACAUGAUAAGUGAAAUUACAAAGUGCGUUCCAGAUCACACCAUACCUGCUACUACAGUGAAGGCAGUGAAUGAUGAAGAUAAGAACCCUCACAACUAAGUAAAGAAUAUGAAACCUGGUCAGUAUAAACUGGAAGAGUGGUUUGUGAGAACAGCUUUGGAUGUAGAGAAUUCCCCUGCCCCACCAUGGGAGUAGAGGUAUGCCUGCCUCUCAUGUCGGUACUCGUUUCUCUGAUGUUUCUGUGGAAGGACAUGUUUGGAGUUACCUACUCUGCCAUUUGGCUGACAUCACCUCCUACUUUAAUUUUUAAUUGUCUGUCAACCAGAGGUCAUAGUACCUUAAAAUUCCAGUCAAGUACCUUAAAAUUUGUUUGUAUUUGUGAGUGUGUGUGCAUUUACACAUACAUGUGUACGUGCAUGCUGAAAGGGCACUUCUAGAGAGUGCUAUUCUGACAGACUAGCAUAUGAUCCUCCACAUUGGUGGCUGCAGGGACUGAGAUCAGAAAAAUAUAGGCAGAAAGAGAGACUUAGUGGUAUCAGCACAGGAUUGCCCAGUAGGGCAGGCUCAGCUACAGGUGUCCAAUGUAUCAUCUUCAAGGAGCAUCCUAUCAAAUGCUCAUACUGGCAAAAUGACAAUCUGAAUUCUGCAACUUUCCAGUCUCCUACAGAUUGGCUCAUGUUGACCAAAUUCAUAUGGUACUAGAAAAAGAUUUGUAAAAGGAAUUUGGUGGACACACAUGCACACGAUUAUCCUGUGAUUAGUCAGCACAUUUCUUUCUGGAGAAAAAUGUCUACAAGAAGUUAAAUUACCAAGUGAAAAUGGUCAGGUGUUGAUAGAAUCCAAGUAAGGCUCAUUAUAGGUUGUUUACAAUGGUUAUGAGCUUUAAGUACUCAUAGUCUAAUGCAGUCCUCUCAGAAUAUUAAAUGUGUAUAUAAUGGACCAAUAACAUGUUGAUAUACAUUGACUGCUUCCUGUUAGGACUGUUUCCUGUUAGGAGUAUUUCACCUUUCCUGUCCAUGUAACAAAAACUAAUGUGUUAAGGAAGUGUAAAUUAAAUACACCAUAUUUAUCAGCUGAAGUCAUAAUUUGCUACGCCAUAACUUUUUCAUGGCAUUUUUCACUUCUGCAUUCCUCAGUAUAUAUAUCAGAGGGUUGAGAAAGGGUGUCCCAAUUGUAUAAAACACAGCCACCAUCUUGUCCACUGGAAAUGUAGCUGGUGGGUGUGUGUACAUGAAUAUACAUGGACCAAAAAACAUGACUACCACAAUAAAAUGGGAGAUGCAGGUAGAAAGAGCUUUUCACCUUCCUUCUGCACUGUGGUUUCUCAGAGAGUAUCAAAUGACAACAUAGGAUAUAAGCAAGAGCGUGAAACUCAUCAUGCAUAUGGCCCCACUAUUGGACACAGCAGCAAACUUAUCACAUAGUGUCCAUGCAGGCAAGUUUCAACAAGGGCUGCAAGUCACACAAAUAGUUAUCAAUCACAUUGGGACCACAGAAGGACAAUAUCAAAGCCAAGGAAAUCUGUAUUGAAGAAUGGAUACAAGAUCCCACCCAGGCCAGAAUCACCAGCACACCACAGACACCUGCUCAUGGUGGUUGUUUAUAUUGCAGCAGCUUUCAAAUGGCCACAUAGUGAUCAAAAGCCAUGAGGAUGAGCACAAAUAUCUCCAUACACCCAAAGAAAUGGGCUGCAAAGACCUGAGUCAUGCGCUCACGGUAGGAAAUGGUCUUCUUCUAGGAUAGAGCAUCCGCAAUCAACCUGGGUGCCGUAGUUGUAGAAAAGCAGACAUCAGCAAAGGACGGGUAGAAUAGGAAAAAGUACUUGGGACUCCCAAGGGUAUGACUUGUCUUAAUAGUCACCACAAUGAGAAAAUCCCCCAGCAGAGUCAAAAGGUAAAGAAUCAAGAAGAUUCCAAAUAUUGCUUUCUGCUUUUCAGCAUCCUGUGUCAACCCAAACAGAACGAAUUCGGUCACACUGUUAUUCAUCACUAUGUAAGUGGCUGUAGGUGGGAUGAAUUUGACAAAGGUUUAAUCUGCAGAGAGAAAAAAAGUGACAUUUUGGGAAAAUCAUUUGGCUAAACUCUGAAUUAAUUGGUUCUGUUCCAUGUUCUGUUACCUCCA